GCGCCGACGGGAAGGAACACCGCGCUCACGGACGUCAUCGCGCUCGACUGCGAAAUGGUGGGCGUGGGCGAGGACGGCCGACGCUCCAUCCUCGCGCGAGUGUCCGUCGUGAACGAGGACGGCAACGUCGUCCUCGACACGUUCGUCGCCCCGACGGAGCACGUCACGGACUACCGCACCGCGGUGUCCGGCGUCCGCGCGCAGGACCUCCGAGGCGCGCCGCCGUUCAAGGAGAUCCAGCGGAAGAUGGCUGACAUCCUCCGCGGCCGGAUCCUCGUCGGGCACGCGCUCAAAAACGACCUCCGCGCGUUACUCCUGGACCACCCGAGACGCGCGACGCGCGACACGGCGACGUAUCGGCCGUUGACGCGGCCGCUGCGAUCGCGCGAGCGCGCGCAGGCGGACGGGAUCGCGCGCGGGCGAGGGAGCCGGUCGCUGAAGGAACUCUGCGCGCGCGAGCUCGGGUUGGAGAUUCAAGCGGGAGAGCACUCGAGCGUGGACGACGCGCGCGCCGCGUUGCUGCUGUACCAGAAGUGCGCCAAGGCGUGGGAGCGGAGC